CAGUGUUUUCUGUUUAUAGUUUUUCGAUGGAAGGAUUUAAGAUCGCAACGUUUUUGUUUGUUCUAUGGGGAUGCCAGUUGUAUACUAUUCAGUGUUGUACGGAGAAAUUUGGUUUUUCUGGGCAGAUUUAUGAGUGGACAUACUAUGGAUACAAAAGAUGUUGGAAAAUUUCAGUUCCAGCAGGUUAUUUCAUUCGUCUACAAAUGGUUCGCAUGACGUCAUCACUUGAAUGUGAAGAGGAUUAUGUUAGGAUAAACAUUACAGGAAAUAGUGAUGAGUUGAAACUUUGCAGCUCAGGUUACUACAAAAAUCCAAUUACAGGUUUUGGUAAUGUCACUGUGACAUAUUCCAAACAGAAGGACGGAUCACUAACGGAAAUUAAACUAACUUAUCUCAUAAGGACUGUGGAAUGCCUGAAUACGAAGAGUUUCCAGUGUGACGACAAUUUUUGCAUUUCUGAGGAAAAAGUCUGCAACGGAGUGAAAGAUUGCAUAAAUGGAAAUGAUGAAAGUGGAUGUGAAACGGGACUCCAAACUAUCAAAGAAGUCCCUGCGGUGAAGAACAAUGCCAUUUCCUGUUUGAAACAGAAAAGAAGUGUUUUCUGGGGAUGGAAGAACAAAACCCCUCGCGCAGUUGUGGCCCUCUACUUGGCAUCGGCUGCUUCUUUCAACGGCUCUGUUCUUGAGGAAGAAUUCAUGGCAAAACAAACUGAGUUCGAGAUUGCAGUCUCAUUUUUAAAAUCAGGGGUUACAAAUGGUGAAUUAAGCACGUUUAUCAAUGCACUGUUGGUGACUUGUCACAAUCCUCGCCAGUUCUACGGCAACAAUUUGGUGAAACGACUCAAGGAUCAAGUGGAGGAAUCUGGGAACUUCACCCAUCCCCUUGCCUAUUUAGCUCUCUGCAAUGCCAACGAAGCAUGGCCUCCCAAAGCAACCUCAGAUCUCAAUAGCAUUUUGAGCAGCGAUUCUGAAUAUCCUUUUGUGAAAGAUCUUCAAGCAAUGGCUCUUAUAGCAUUAUCUUGUGAAGCGAAUCAUGAUAGAAACGCCAGUAGUUUGCUCAGUAAUACUACUUAGAGUUAUACGAGGAGACGAUACAACACUUGAAAACGCUGCAAGCUCUUGACGGGAGUUUUGGAAAUACUUAUACCACAGCUCUAAUAACUCAAGCCUUGUUUGCCAGUGGACAGGUCCACAGCAGGGACUGGAAUCUGAAUGCAACAAUUAAAUACUUGAUGAAUGAGCUGAAUUCUUCGUCAGUAGAUUUCUUAACAACAUACCUGACUCUACCCAUUCUAAACAAUAAAACUCUCAUGGAUAUCUCGAACGUAAACUGCUCUAAUCCACGGAAGCAUGGAGAUGAUCCUUAUUCGGAAAUCACUAACGAUGUGCUACCGAAACUGCGGGUGCAGUAUUCUCUGUAUGUAGGAGACGAAAAUCCCACAGUUCACACCAUCUCUCUGAAAAUCCAAGAGAAUUCCACAGCUUUCAAAGUCAUGGAACUGGCUGAAACCAGAGAUCGGAAAUACAAGUUUGAAUGGAAGAAGACAUUGGGCAAAAUGUAUGUGUUCGAAAUAGGAAACAUCAAAAAUGAUCCUGAAGUUGGGAGAUUUUGGUUGUUGUAUGUAGGCACUGCUAAUAGUUCUGAGCCAUUAACUCAUUUAACAAAAGGUCCAGAUGAAAUUAUUAUGGGUGACGGAGAACACCUUGUUUUGUGGUACAAAACGGCAACUAUUUGAUUCAUGGAGAGAAUGGAUGUUGACAAACGCCGCAUUUCAUAUUUUCCCAACCGUGGAGAGUGGG